UCGCGGGCAGCCCGGGGCCGCGGCCCGGCCCCUCCGGUGGGAGCAGCCUGCGGCCGGGCAGCCCGGCACCCCGCCGGCAGGCUGAGGGCGCUGCCCCGGCCUCCCGUGAGGAGCCGGCCGCGGGAGCGUGCAUCGCGGCAGCUAUGACAUGGUGCACUAUGGCCACUCGAACCAGCUGCGCCAGGCUCGGGCUAUGGGAGAUUAUCUGAUUGUUGGAGUCCACACGGAUGAAGAGAUUGCCAAGCACAAGGGCCCCCCUGUCUUUACACAAGAGGAGAGGUACAAAAUGGUGCAAGCCAUCAAGUGGGUGGAUGAGAUUGCUCCAGGAGCUCCCUAUGUCACCACACUGGAAACCUUGGACAAAUAUAACUGUGACUUCUGUGUGCAUGGUGAUGACAUCACCUUAACGAUAGAUGGCAAGGACACCUAUGAGGAAGUGAAGACAGCUGGGCGAUACAGGGAAUGCAAACGCACCCAAGGUGUGUCCACUACUGACCUUGUUGGCCGCAUGCUGCUCAUGACUAAGGCUCACCACAGCAACAUAGAUGAGGACCUAGACUAUCGGAAGCAUACUGACAACUUUGGGAAGGGACCGAAAGGUCAUAGUCCCUGGACUGGUGUCUCACAGUUCCUGCAGACAUCUCAGAAGAUCAUCCAGUUUGCAUCAGGAAAGGAACCACAGCCAGGAGACACUAUCAUCUAUGUGGCCGGAGCCUUUGACCUGUUCCAUAUUGGGCACGUAGAUUUCUUGGAGAAGGUUCACCAGCUGGCAGAGAGACCCUACAUCAUCGCUGGGUUGCACUUUGACCAGGAAGUAAAUCGUUACAAAGGGAAGAAUUAUCCCAUCAUGAACAUCCAUGAGAGAACGCUCAGUGUCUUGGCCUGUAGGUAUGUCUCAGAAGUGGUAAUUGGAGCCCCAUAUGCUGUCACUGCUGAUCUGCUGGAUCACUUCAGGGUAACACUUGUAUGUCAUGGAAUGACAGAGGUGGUGUCAGACAAGGAUGGUUCUGAUCCAUAUGAGGAACCAAAGAGACGUGGCAUUUUCCAGCUGGUGGACAGUGGCAGCAAUCUCACCACAGAUUUAAUUGUGCAAAGAAUCAUCAAGAACAGGCUGGAGUUUGAAGCUAGGAACCAGAAGAAGGAAGCAAAAGAGCUGGCAGUAUUGGAGGCCAUGAAGAGACUGGAAGAGAAGCACUAGACCAGCAGAGAGCUGAUGCUUGGGUCGCGGAACGCUGCAGCCUCGCCCUCUGGAGGAGCAAAGAGCUCUUCUAGAGAGGACUCUGAACAAAGGCGCCGCUGCUGGUGUGCACAGGAUGUGCUAGCCUAGCUGUCCUAGCUCCUCCUGCACUAAUUAUGCAGACAUAAUGAGUUGGGAUCCUGCUGCCUAGUUUUUCCUCCGUUAAUCAGCCCCCAUUCCCUUUCCCAGGAGAAGAUUUGAAAAAGAAAAAAAUGGUUUUAAUUAUAACUAAUGUUUUAACAUGUCGAUGUGCUUUUACUUUCUGCCAUUUCUGGCUUUUACAAGGUGGGAAAUGAAGCAGCUGCCCGGGCCCUUUCUGCCUCCUUCCACAUUCUGCUGUCAUGACUGGAGUCUGCAUUUCAGAACACCCCUUCAGGUGGUGGUGUGGGCUGCUUGACAGACUGGAGAGAACAGCCUUCCCGGGAGAAGGGGGGCGGCCAACAAUUCCUCUGUGAGCUUUUUGGGUAGGGAUGCUAGGCCAAUCAGUGUGCCUGCUGCUGGCGGUGCUGACUACGCCCUGUGCUCUGAGAUUGCUGGUGGUGGUGCUUCUCAGCUGCUGCCUAUGCACGAAUACCAGAUCGAAAGCUACUUAAUGGUCUAAUUGGAUAAAGCCUUCCUCCAGCUGUGACUGUUGCCAGUGAAUCAUUCACUUCCCCAGUGACAGGCAGCAGCUCAGCAUCUGCUGCGGGUUGUGAGGCUCGUGGCACAGAGACCCUCAGGUCUGACGUGUUCCCUGGUGAGUUUGAGGAAUUUCUCUGCACAAGGCAUGAGAAUACUGGCAGGUUUUGACAAAGGCUCCACCUGCUAUGAGAUGCGCAGGACUCGGCGCUCCUCGUGAACUGUGCUCAGAGCUCUGCUUGCUGUUGCUGCCAGAGUCCACCUUGUGCCUGACAGAUGUUACCAAGAGAAGUGACCUUGUGAGCUGGAAUUUCACGAUUGUUUUGUUAGGGUUGAAGUGCAGCAUGUUUACCUCCUGCGGGAACCUGCAGGGCCUGAGGGGAUGAGUCUGGGAAGAGCCAGGUGCUGGGCUGAGCCCUUCUCUGCCUCGUACAUUCCCGGGUGCUGUGCUGGGUGACUCAGCCACUCCCUGCACUGUGCUGUACAGUCCUUCCAAGCCGAUUUUUUGUCCUCUCUGUUGUAAACUUCUGUUGCUGAUCAUUAAUAAAAUGUUGAAGAGUUG